AUGCGUUCCCUGUUGCUCUCGCCCUUUUGGCCUUCCUGGCUGUUGGUUUCGUGGCAGCUCGUCCUGCCGAGGAUGAGGAGUCCUCCGCUGUGGUUGAUAAUGCCGCCGAGGAUUCGACCAGCAAUGAUGCCGAGAACACCGCAUCCAACGCUGAGGAGAGUGCUAAUGAAACUGCUGCUGCUGAGGAAGCUGGAGCAUCUGCUGCUGAAGAAUCUGCUGCUGGAGAAUCUGUUGCUCAAGAGUCUACUGUUGGAGAAUCUGCUGCUAAAGAAUCUGCAUCUGAAAAAUCUGCUGCUGAAGAAUCCAGUGAUGAUGAGGAGGCAACCAGUGAUGAUGAGGAGACAACCACCGCUAAACCCAUCAAGAUUCGUCCCUUUUGGCCAAGGUUCGGAGGCCACGGACCAGUUGUGAUCCAUCGUCUUCACAGAUACUAAACUCUAUAACUUUCCUAUAAAACUUC